UAUUUUCCCCCACAGUUCCGCAGCCCCAAACAUGCACCAACUCCGCGUGAUUUUGCAGCUCUUCAACUAUAUGAGUACACGAGAGGAAACGCAGUUGAUUUCUGCUCUCCUUCGACUAUAAGUCGUGCCAUUUCAGGCAAAUCAAACAUUCCCUCGUACUAAGGUCUCCAUUGUCUCCGACCAUGGCAAAUGUGUGCUUUUAGAAUUAGAGGGAACGGAAAACCCUUUGUCUCCUUCAGUUUUUUUUCACUCACCAAACGCCGAACCUCUUCUUUCUCCACUCUCACAAUCCAAAAUCCACAUGCCUAUCCAAACAGGGAACCCAUUCCCGCCACUUUCUCCUCUCACUCACCACAAAAAACCCACUUGGUUCCCUCCAAUAACCUGACACAGGAAACAAACACUGCCGCCGCCACCCAUUUUCCGAAGAAAUCCACAUUCUCUGCUCAACCUAAUUUUAGUGAUUUGAUUUCAUCAAAUAAAAUCAUCAGCAGCUAUAUUCGAGCGGGUGAUUUGGAUUGUGCUCUUAAAGUGUUUGAAAAUAUGGCAGUUAAGACUACAGUUACUUGGAAUUCAAUCUUGGCUGGGUAUUCAAAAAAACCCGGGAAGAUGAAAGAAGCUUGUGAAAUGUUUGAUAGAAUUCCUAAACCAGAUACUGUUUCAUACAACAUCAUGUUAGCUUGUUAUUUGCUCAAUACUAAUCUAGACACUGCAAGGGCUUUCUUUGAUAAGAUGCCUGUUAAGGAUACAGCAUCUUGGAAUACAAUGAUUUCAGGUUUCGCUCAGAAUGGGAAGAUGGGAGAGGCACAUGGGUUGUUUUUGGUGAUGCCAACGAAGAAUAGUGUGUCUUGGAGUGCAAUGAUCUCGGGGUAUGUGGAAUGUGGCAAUUUGGAAUCAGCAGUGGAGUUAUUUGAGAUAGCUCCAGUUAAGAGUGUGGUGGCAUGGACUGCUAUGAUUACUGGGUAUAUGAAGUUUGGGAAGAUUAAAUUGGCAGAGAAAAUGUUUCAAGGUAUGCCUAUGAAAAAUUUGGUGACAUGGAAUGCUAUGAUUGCAGGUUAUGUCGAUAAUGAUCGAGCAGAAGAUGGUUUAAAGCUUUUUAGAAAAAUGGUGGUAGUUGGGGUUAGACCAAACCCAUCAAGUUUGAGUAGUGCCUUAUUGGGCUGUAGCAAUCUAUCUUCAUUGCAUCUGGGUAAACAAAUUCAUCAGUUGGUUUGUAAGUCUCCGUUAUAUAGUGAUACAACGGCAGGAACUUCAUUGAUUAGCAUGUAUUGUAAGUGUGGGGGGUUGGAGGAUGCUUGGAGACUGUUUCAUGAGAUGCUAACAAAGGAUGUGGUCACUUGGAAUGCAAUGAUUUCUGGUUAUGCUCAACAUGGAGCUGGUGAAAAAGCUAUCCUUUUGUUUAAUAAAAUGAGGGAUGAGAGAAUGAAGCCAGAUUGGAUUACCUUUGUUGCAGUAUUAUUGGCUUGCAACCAUGCAGGAUUGGUAGAUCUUGGAGUUCGGUAUUUUGAUUUAAUGGUAAAGUAUUAUGGAGUUGAAGCUAAGCCGGACCACUAUACAUGCAUGGUUGACCUUCUUGGUCGAGCAGGGAGGCUGAUUCAAGCUGUAGAUUUGAUAAAGAAAAUGCCUUUCAAGCCUCAUUCUGCCAUUUUUGGAACACUUUUGGGUGCUUGCAGGGUCCAUAAGAAUCUCGAGUUGGCUGAAUAUGCUGCGAAGAGCUUGCUUGAUAUUGAUUCAUCUAGUGCGGCUGCUUAUGUUCAACUGGCUAAUGUUUAUGCAUCCAUGAAUAGAUGGGACCAUGUUGCUAGAGUUCGAAGAUCAAUGAAAGAAAAUAAUGUAGUGAAGACACCUGGGUACAGUUGGAUUGAGGUGAAGAAUAUUGUUCACGAGUUUAGGUCAGGUGAUAGGGUCCACCCGGAAUUGGCCUUUAUACAUGAGAAACUGAGAGAAUUGGAGAAGAAAAUGAAGUCGGCAGGCUAUUUUCCAGAUCUAGAAUUUGCAUUACAUGAUGUUGGGGAAGAUCAGAAAGAGCAGAUUUUAUUAUGGCACAGUGAGAAAUUGGCCAUUGCCUUUGGCCUCAUAAAAGUGCCAUCCGGGACUCCAAUCCGGAUCUUUAAAAACUUGAGGGUAUGUGGGGAUUGCCACCGCGCUGCUCAGUACAUAUCAGCAAUUGAAAGAAGGGAAAUCAUUGUUCGAGAUACUAGGAGGUUCCAUCAUUUCAAAGAUGGUCUUUGUAGCUGUGGUGAUUACUGGUGAGCUAGCUCGCAAAAUCAUUUCUUGGAAUGUAAUAUACUCCUUUUUUAUCAGAUAUGGCUAUCAAAUAUUGUUUAAUUUGCAGAA